UAUCGUCUUACUUGUCUCCACUGCUUGGACCCGUCUCUGUCACCAUGGAGAUCACCGCCGACGGUCUGGAUGCUGCAGCUUUAUUACACAUCUGGCAUCAAUUUGACAUCAAUGAUAACGGGUUCAUAGAAGGGAAGCAGCUGGACGCCUUCUUCCAAAGCAUGCUGGGAAAAUCUGGGACAAAGAUGGAUGAUGAAGUGGGCGAUAAAAUCAGACGACUAAGGGACAAAUUCUCGUCUCCAGACAACUUCACAGCGGACAGACGUCUGCACGUACAAGAGCUGGCGGCCAUGUUGCUUCCAGAGGAGGAGAACUUCCUGCUCCUGUUUCGUCGAGAGACUCCACUGGACAACAGCGUGGAGUUCAUGAGGAUUUGGAGAAACUACGACAAAGACAGCAGUGGCUACAUCUCAGCGUCUGAACUGAAGGGCUUCCUUCAGGACCUUUUUGUCCAGCACAAGAGGGCCAUUACUGCAGACAAACUGGAGAAGUACAUUGUCACCAUGAUGAAGAUGUUUGACAGAAACAAAGAUGGUCAACUGGACCUGAACGACCUGGCCAGGAUUUUGGCCCUAAAGGAAAACUUUCUUCUGAAGUUUAAGACUGAGGCCUGCAGUCAGGAGGACAGAAAGAGAGACUUUGAAAAGAUAUUUGCUCACUAUGAUGUUAGUCAGACAGGAGCACUGGAGGGCCCUGAGGUGGAUGGAUUUGUAAAGGACAUGAUGGAGCUGGUCAAGCCCAGCAUCCAUGGCCCAGACCUGGACCGCUUCAGGAAAGCUUUGAUGGGUCACUGCGACAUCAACGGAGACGGAAAGAUCCAGAAGAACGAGCUGGCUCUGUGUCUGGGCCUCAAACACAGCUAAUCAACAGACCAGCACUCUCUUUGGAUUUUCCUGCAUC